AUGGCUCGAUCGGCGAGCUCCAAGCCGCCGGCCGUGCGGGCGUCCUCCCCGCCGGCGGCGUCAGAUAUUGGCCAGAAACCUAAGAACAAAGCGGCAAAGCGCAAGGACGACUACUCGUCUGAGGGCGUUGAAGACAACGAUGUCUUCCUGCUCCCGGGUGCCGACUUCCAGCUCGUGAUUGCGAUUACGGUGCUCGCAGCCGCGGUGCGCCUGUUCCGCAUCUACCAGCCCACCAGCGUCGUCUUUGAUGAAGUCCAUUUUGGGGGCUUUGCCACGAAGUACAUCAAGGGCAAAUUCUUCAUGGACGUGCACCCUCCGCUCGCCAAGUUGAUGAUCACGCUCUUCGGCUGGGCCGCUGGGUUCGACGGAAGCUUCGAUUUUAAGGAUAUUGGCAAGGACUACCUCGAGCCCGGCGUUCCAUAUGUUGCCAUGCGCAUGUUCCCGGCUAUCUGUGGUAUUCUACUCGCCCCGACUAUGUUCCUAACUCUCAAGGCUUCCGGUUGCCGCACUUUCACAUCGGUUAUGGGCGCUGGCCUCAUCAUUUUCGAGAAUGGACUGCUCACGCAGGCGCGUUUGAUCCUUCUCGAUUCUCCCCUGAUGAUUGCCACCGCUUUCACCGCCUUUGCCUUCACGUCCUUCACAAACCAGCAGGAGCUUGGUCCCUCCAGGGCCUUCGGGUUAAGCUGGUGGUUUUGGCUUGUCAUGACUGGUCUCGGUCUGGGCAUGACCGUCAGCAUCAAGUGGGUUGGGUUGUUCACGAUCGCCUGGGUUGGCCUCUUGACUCUGGUCCAACUCUGGGUUCUCCUGGGCGAUUACAAGACGGUUUCGACUCGUAUCUUUGCCAAGCACUUCAUGGCCCGCCUGUUUUGCCUGAUCGUCAUCCCCGUCACGUUCUACAUGGCCAUGUUCGGGAUCCACUUUCUCUGCCUCCAAAACCCUGGCGACGGCGACGGCUUCAUGAGCUCCGAGUUCCAGUCGACUCUAAAUUCCAAGGGCAUGAAGAAUGUCCCGGCGGAUGUCCUGAUGGGUAGCCGAGUCACCAUCAAGCACGUGAAUACGCAGGGUGGAUAUCUCCACUCGCACCCCCUGAUGUAUCCGACGGGUUCCAAGCAGCAGCAGAUCACCCUCUACCCCCACAAGGAUGACAACAACCUUUGGCUCCUCGAGAACCAGACCCAGCCGCUCGAUAUCCAUGGCCAACCAAUCAACGGCACCAACGCCUGGUACAACAUCCCCGAUACGCCUUACAUCGAGAAUGGUGCUGUACUUCGUUUGUACCACCUCCCCACCCACCGCCGUCUUCACUCCCACGAUGUCCGUGCCCCCGUCACAGAGGCCGACUGGCAGAACGAGGUCUCGGCGUAUGGCUACGAGGGUUUUGAUGGUGACGCCAACGACUUCUUCCGCGUUGAGAUCGUGAAGAAAAAGUCCAAGUCGGGUAUCGCCCAACAGCGUCUCCGUACGAUUGAUACCAAGUUCAGACUCGUCCACGUCAUGACCGGCUGUGUGCUCUUUUCGCACAAGGUUAAGCUUCCGGAGUGGGCUUCCGAGCAGCAGGAGGUUACUUGCGCCCGCGGCGGUACUCUGCCCAACAGUCUCUGGCACAUUGAGUCGAACGACCACCCCAAGCUGGGCCCGGAUUCUGAGACGGUCAACUAUGCCAACCCCGGCUUCUUUGGAAAGUUCUGGGAGCUGCAGAAGGUCAUGUGGAAGACGAAUGCUGGCCUCGUCGACUCUCACGCUUGGGAUUCCCGUCCCCCUUCGUGGCCUAUUCUCAGCCGCGGUAUCAACUUCUGGGGCAAGGAGCACCGCCAAAUUUAUCUGAUCGGUAACCCCGUCAUCUGGUGGAGCGCCACUGCGGCUAUCGUUAUUUACGUCCUGUUCAAGGGUAUUGCUGUUCUCCGGUGGCAGCGCAGCUGCAACGACUACGCCAUUCCUGUAUUCAAGCGGUUCGAUUACGAGAUCGGCACCUCGGUCCUUGGCUGGGCUCUCCACUACUUCCCUUUCUUCCUCAUGCAGCGCCAGCUGUUCCUCCACCACUACUUCCCCGCGCUGUACUUUGGCAUCAUCGCAUUUUGCCAGAUCUACGACUUCGCGACGACUCGUAUCUCUGGCAUUGGCUUGAAGGAAAACCCCAUCAUCGGCAAGGCCGGCGCUGUUGGCUUCCUUGUCCUAUCCAUGGUCGCUUUCACUCUCCUCUCUCCUCUUGCGUACGGCAACCCCUGGACUAAGGCUGAAUGCAAACGCGUCAAGCUUUUCAGCACCUGGGAUUGGGAUUGCAAUACUUUCCUGGACAACUACGACGCGUACAGUUCGCUGCCUUCCACCCCGGCAGCCGCACAGACACCUCAGAAAUCGGUUGCGGCACAAAAGGCCCCCCCUGCCGCAGCGGGCGGACAGCAGGCUCAGGUCCCCAUCGCCGAUGCUCAACAACAAGAAGGAAAGGCGGAUGUUUCGGGCGCGCCGGUGGCUGACAAUAAGCGGCUUCUCCACACCGAGGAGCGUGUCGAGUAUCGUGACCAGGACGGCAACCUUCUAAACGAGGAGCAAGUCAAGGCUCUCGAGGGCAAGGUUGAGUUCAAGACACGCUAUGAAACCCGCACUCGGGUUGUAGACGCCCAGGGCAACGAGAUACUGCUUCCAGCGGAUGAACUGCCGGCGGAGGUGCAGCAACAAGAGCAGCCUGCUGCGGCAGGCGUUGCCCCACCCCACCCGGAUGUUGAGGGUGCCAAUAGCGAAACCAUGAAGCGGGUUGUCCCUGAUGAGCCGAUUCCGGAGCCGAAGAAGAGCGUUGAAGGCGAAAAAGAGCGUGAGGGGAAGGCCGCCAAACCCGCGAGUGAGAAGAAUGAAGCUAGUGCCAAGGUGGAUGAGCUCUAG